AGAAAAUGUCGGACGAUAAGGAACGUUAUACUGUACCUUUUUUUACUGUUCUGUAUUAUCUUGCUGAGAAUGAAUACACAUAAAACUGGAAAAGGAUACUGUCCCUCUGAUACGCUUUUUAAAACUGUAUAUAUUUUUAACGCAAUAGCUGAAGCUAAAUCCAAUUGGAAAUCAGUGGAAUAUAUUGUAAUAAAUGUUCUUGAUGGUUCUACAUUCCAAUCAAUAUUCAAAUGUUGCAUUUUUGGUAAAGACAAGUCAAACAUGCAUCAAUCAAAGGCAGCAGUCAAUGACAUGUUUCAACACAGAUUUAUGCAACCUGAACUAACGGCCAAGCAAUAUGUGUGUUAUAUAAAGGACAUCACUUUCAAGCCAUUGUAUAUUGGACUGGUGGAAAAUGGAGUUUCUUGCGAUCAAUGUAUUACAGUCACCUCUGUAAUAUAUCCUUUAAUUGUGGAAAAUGGUGCAGGUAUAUGUGCGAAAAUUGCUUUUAACUAUCUCAAUGAUACGAAUCUUAUUGAAUGGUUUGAAUACCAGAUUAUGAUGGAUGUAGACACAGUGGUAGUGAUGCUGCACUACAUUAAUGACGAAGCAUUCAAAGUGUUUACGUACUACAGACAAAAAGGGUUAUUGAAAAUUUUGCCGUAUCCAGUAGAGCUACCAGGAAAAACAGAUCGUGGUUUUGAGUCAACUAAUUGGCACUUUGAACAGAGUAAUCACGAUGAACAGAUUGCUGUUUACACAUGCCAGGCAUUUUUACAAGGAUAUGAAAUAGUUGCAAUCAUCGAUUUCGACGAAUUCAUUGUGCAAGAUAAUUUUUUGUCAUACAAAAAGAUGUUAAAGACCGAAUUAUUACCAUUGUAUCCACAGGCUGCAGCAUUCACAUUCAAUGUAUCUUUCUUUAUUACGGACUGGGGUGUUUCAGGAGUAGAACCACUACUCACAAGUCAAUAUGUAAAAAGAACAAAUCCUCGAUUUGAGCGGUAUAAAAAUUUGUACAUCCCAAAAAGAACUCAAUAUGUAAACACGCAUGAAGUCCAGCCAAAACAUGGAUACAAUCGAAUUUUUCUCAGAUCCCAUAAUGUUGUUUUACAUCAUUAUAGAAAAUGUCCGCAUGAUCGUAAGUGGAAAUAUUGCAAUCAUUUUGCACAGAUUAUUGAUAAGAAGAUGCAUGAAUUGAUGCCAACGCUGCUAAUAAAUGUGAUGGACGCCAAGCAGAAAAUUGGUAUGAUGUGAUGUUUCAUAUGAACAAUAAUAAUUAAAUUAAGCAUUUGUUUCUCUUUUUCAAGUAUAUCUAAGUAAGAAGAAAGAUGAAUUGAUCUAUCAAUGCUGGUAAAACUUAGGGUUGUUUUAUACAAGUUGUUAUAUUUAUCCAGUUUUACUUAUUACCAUGUUUAAGCCUAAAGAUUUUACGCUAUAAAGAUUGAUUGUUUGAAACAUUCAAAUCAAAAGAAAUCCCAGGUUUAAUUGAAUUUUAUUUCAAUACAUUCAUAAACGAGCCUUACAUUUUAUAACGAUAAUUAUAACCAAGCAAUAUUCAUUUAUUAAUUUUGGUAUAAACGAUUUCGCUUAUGGUCAACACUCUCAAAGUGUUAAAUAAAAAAAAUAUACAACGCGUGGAUCUAGUCAAUGCAAGUUGCGGUAUGAUGUCAUAUAUAUUCUUCCGGUGUCAAACUUUAAUAUCGGACAUUGUUUAAAUACUGAACGCUUUAGGAUUUCAAAACUUUACAAAAAGAAGAUUUUUAGGCGAAAGUUUGAGUGUUAUUUGUAUUAAUUAAGAAAUCACAUAUGUCCGUUGUUUUGUACUAUAUUGACAUCGUCUUUAACUUUGAAAGUCACAAAUGACUUAACUAAUACCAAAGGAAAUGUCGUACUAUCGUCUCAAAAGGCUGGGUAAGCCAAUGAAAUUAACAGAUUUUCGUACAAUAUAAUUAAGAAUAACAUUUCGUGCAGUGACAUACGAGAAAUAACCCUUCAUGCAGGGUAUAAAUAAAACGCCACAACUUUAAGAUAAUAUAUACUUAGCAACAAAGAAAGGUUACAUUGUUUUUGAUCGAAUUCACAUAUAAUUAUUUCAAAUAUUUGUAUGAUUAAAAUUAUUGGACUUCAUGGAUUUUCUAUAAAUUUUCUCAUUUCUGAAUAGAACAAUUUUUUUUUUCAAACAUAUAAUCAUAGUUUUUAAAAAAGAUACCUGUAAAGAGAUGGCAUCGAAUUGUUCUGUUGAUGAUCAUUUGUGUAAAUCAUGAUCACUAUGCUUAUCGAUAGGUAACCUUCACAAUUGUCAAAAAUUCAAUGCCCUGAAUACCUAAAACUGAUAAAGAACGAGCACUUGGGAUAUUACUUAAAAUAUAAUAAAAUACUCGUCUUAGAGAUAAUGGCAUAACGAAUAGUAGUCCCAAAGUACAAGUCAAGUGAAACGACGUAACCUCAAAUCAGCGUAUACGCAUUAUUCAUCUCCCGGAAUUUGUUUAUAAUGGUGUCACAAUAAAACCACCGAAGAAAUAACAACAGAAUAUCUGCCCAAACAGUUAGUGCUCAUGUCAUCGACUUUAUUAGAUUCGAGGACAAGACUUGAUGAAUAGACUUUUCACAGAACAGUGAAAAGACCUAAUUAUAUGUUUUGCUAACAGAUACCUCAUGUUUCAACUCUUAUACAAGAAUAGAUCAUUCUGUCAGCAAUUUGGCAACUAUCAGAAAAAAAGGUAAGCUCCAUACAUAAACAACAGGUGUAUCAAGAUUUUAAUUGUACGAAACUUAAUUUAUUUUAGACCAACACAUUGUAUAUUGAUUAGAUUGAUAGGUCAAUAAAGAGGUUUCUAGUCGAAUGAUUUAUAUCACGUUUAUAUUUUCUUAUACCGGGCAUAGAUCCAGGCGUUUAGGCCUUGACGUAGUCGGGUGUGUCUAUUUUUAGUGUUGGUUUAUGUUAUGUAUCCGGGUUUUGUUUUCUGUAAUUAGUUAAUACUCCAGUUUUAUCAUGUAUAUCUUUUAUAUUCAUUUGAUAAAAAUUGCUGUUUGCAAUAGAAUUAAUUGUUCUUAAUAAUUUAGGAUGUUAUUAUUCCAGAAAACCCUAGCCGUAUUUGGCACAUCCUUUUUGAACUUUUGAUCCUCAGUGCUGUACAACUUUGUCCUUGUUUUGACUUCGAACUUUUAUAUCUGGGCGUGGCUGGUACGUCUUGUGUGAACGAGGCGCGCUUCUAGCGUAUUGCAUUUUAAAUUAAACCUGAUGCCUUGUGUUAGCUAUUAUUCAUGUGUUUAUUUGUCUAAUAUGUUCUCCUAUUUAUUUGUAUUGUAGUCUUGUAAUGUUAUGUUGUCAUUUCAAUGUUAUA